AUGGAAGAGACAGUAAAGUGGCUGUCAGCUUUUGCAGAUUCCAUUAGUUUACCUUUCACUUUCAACAUUGUUGUUUCAGACCUGAAGGACCUCAAGGAAGAUAUGUUCAAGUUAGAAGCUGAUGAAGUUGUGGCUGUUUAUUUGGAUAGGCGUCUUUGGACUCUGUUAGCAUGGCCAAAUUACUUGGAAGCAUUGAUAGCAAUGAUUUCAAAGCUGAAGCCACGUGUGAUGGUUGUCAAGGAAAUGGAGGCAAGCACGAACAAUCCAAUUUUCUUGGAACGAUUUCAUGAAGCUCUGAUUUUUUUCAGUGGCAUGUUUGAGAGCAUCAAAGACUGCAUGGACAAUCACAUCUUCUACAGAAAGCUAACUGAGGAAGUUUACUGUCGUAACAUGAUUAGAAAUAUUAUCACAGCAGAGGUUCUUUUACAAUUUAUAUGGAUGGAAAAUGCCUCAUCUUGGGGUGGAAAAGAACCCCAUUUAUCUCAGUAUCUGCCUGGAAAUUCCAGUAUGACUCAGAGUGAUCAAAGACUGCUGCAAGAUUUGAAAGUCAGGUUGUUUGCAAAGUGCUUUGUAGGUCACUGCACUCUUUCAAGUGUUUUCUAG